AUGGCUAGGAAAACUAGAAGAACUCAUCAUAAAAAGAAUACUAUAAAUGGUACAGCAACCCAGGAUAAUGAUGAAAAAUUGAAACUUUUACAACUAAUAGAUUCAAGAAAGCAAACAAGUACCAUCGUUACUUCAAACAAUAAAGUUAAAAAGCAUGUGAAAGAGAACAGCCCAAUAUCGAAUAUAAGUAAAGAACAACUGGAAAAACAAUUCAGUUCUCUAUUAAAGAAAUUCGAAAUACCGAACAAUGAUAAUAAAACCAAAUCAGACAUUACUAGUUCAACUAAAAUAGCAUCUAAACAACAAAAGCAACAGCAGCAGCAACUUGUCGCACAAAGCACUUCUUUGCAAAUUGGCAUGCAAAGCAAGGAACCCAUCUCCAAAUCAAAACUACGGAAAAUUAUGAAACCAUCAUUAUCCAAAUUGAAAACAUUAACAUCCCACCCAGAACUAAUUCAAUGGUAUGAUUGUGACGCACCAUACCCGUACCUUCUAACCUCUAUAAAAUCAUCCAAAAAUAUAAUACCCGUCCCAUCGCAUUGGCAAUUGAAAAGAGAAUAUUUAUCAGGAAGAUCCACCCUCCUCACAAAGAAACCAUUCCAAUUACCAGACAUAAUAAGACAAACAGAUAUAGAAUCAAUGAGAUCCACACUUCCUUCAACUUCUCUCGAAGAUGAUGAUACAACGAGACUAAAGCAAACAAUGAGACAAAAAGUACAACCGAAAUUGAAUUCAUUGGAUAUAGAUUAUAAGAAAUUAUACGAUACUUUCUUUAAAUUAGGUGCUCAUUGGAAACCACCGUAUAUGUUACCUUACGGUGAUCUUUAUUAUGAGAAUAGAAAUAUGAAUGAUGAAUUAGAAUGGUCCCAAAUUCGUAAAGAGAAACUACCUGGGGUUAUUAGUGCCGAAUUGAGACAAAUUAUGAAUUUACAAGAGGGUCAAUUGCCUCCAUGGUAUAUGAAAAUGCAGACUAAUAAUAACAGCAACAACUCUGGCGCUGGAUCUGAACUCGAGUUACCACCGGGAUAUCCUGGUUUUAAGAUUGCAGGAAUUAAUUGGGAUAUUACCAAUUUGAAAGGGGAAACGUACGGGAAACUCGUAACGUCGAAGCAAAAAGCUAAUGAUUAUAAACUGUUCGGGCAGGUAGUUGAUUUCACUGACAAUCUAAAAGAACAAGAUGACGAAGUGCAUGAGCGGGAGGAAGAACCUGAAGACAAUGGAGAGAAACAAAAGGUACAAAAUGAUAUCUUGACACCACUAGGUGAAGUUCAAAUUGAUAAAGCGGCAAUCAAAGAAAUUAAGACUGCCCCCGAUGUCGAGAAAGAUGAAACAACGACAAGACAACUAUAUAGGGUCUUGAAAGAAGAUACUGCUAAUCCUGGAAGGUUUAAGCUGUGA